UGUUGAUGUGGGGAUAUCUUCCCGGAGCUUCGCCGCAGCGAUCGCCGCUGCUUUCGCCUGCGUCCGUGCGGUUUCCGGCGACUGGUGAUUCAUGGAAGGACGUCUGUGGUGGUGGAUGUGGAUUCGCCAUGGCCAUUUCAGAUCUGUUUGCCAGGAUGAUACUAUGUGGUGAGAACUGGGAAGCCAUACAAGAGAAGAAUACCAAGGUAUAACCGUACAAAACUGUAGCAGAUAAAGAGCAAUAAACUCAAAUUCCUAUUCUAAGAAAAAUACUCAUGGAUUGGUUGAUGAGGCUGCACAAUACAACAUCUGAGGAUCAUAGAAGCUCUUAAUUUCAGUAGGUUGGGGAACUGACAAAAGGUCAGAACCAUGUCAAAGGAAAAAGGGAAAGUCUUAACUUGGGGUUCAUCAGAUGAUCAAGGUCAAAGCUAUCUGACUUCAGGGAAGCAUGGGGAAACUCCAGAACCAUUUCAACUUCCAACUGAAGCUCCUAUAGUGAAGGCAGCAGCUGGUUGGGCCCACUGUGUUUCAGUAACAGAUACAGGUGAAGUAUACACAUGGGGUUGGAAGGAAUGUGUUCCAUCAGGGAAAUUUGUCUGUGAUUUUUCUUCUGGAGGAAGCUCUGAGAAGGAAAGUUAUGGAAAGCAAAGUCCCGUCCUGAAUGACCAAGCAAGUUCAGAGUCUCAAGGAUCAAAAGAAAAUACUGCCACAGCCACAGAAUACAGUCCUGAGAUUAGAAAGUCUGGAGAGGAAAGAAUAAAGCGAAGAAGAAUAGCAUCCAGUAAAGAAGAACCUGAAAGCUCGACAUCUGCUGAUGAAACUCUCUCAGCACCACCUUGUCUUGUAACUCUGGAUCCAGGAGUAAAAAUUACAUCUGUUGCUGCUGGUGGCCGUCAUACUUUAGCUCUUUCAGUUUCAGAUGUGGGACAGGUGUGGGGUUGGGGCUAUGGAGGUGAAGGCCAGCUAGGUUUGGGUUCUCGUAUAAAAAUGGUGUCUUAUCCUCAUCUAAUACCUUGUACGGAGCCAUCCUCUCUUGAAAAAGAUAGGUAUUCAGUAGUUAAGCAUGGAAGCGUGGGUUCAACAACUCGGACACUUAAAGCUUCAGGAACAUACAUAAAGUUCAUUGCUUGUGGAGGUCGGCAUAGUGCAGUAAUAACUGAUGCUGGAGCGCUGCUUACUUUUGGAUGGGGACUUUAUGGACAGUGUGGGCAAGGGGAUACAAAUGAUGUGCUGAAACCAACUUGUGUAUCUUCUCUUUUGGGCACUAAAAUAAAAGGAAUAGCUGCUGGACUAUGGCACACAUUGUGCAUAUCAGUUGAAGGUCGAGUGCAUGCCUUUGGUGGAAACCAGUUUGGACAAUUGGGAACUGGUAGUGAUCAGUCUGAGGAUCUACCCCGGCUUUUGAAUGUCCCAUCACUGGAAAAUAAACGAGCCAAAGUAGUAUCCUGUGGAGCUCGUCAUAGUGCCAUACUCACAGAGGAUGGAAAAGUGUAUAGCUGGGGGUGGAACAAGUAUGGUCAGCUUGGCGUGGGUGAACCAGUUGAUUGGAACAUUCCUUCAGAAGUUCCAAUAGAAGGCUAUGUGCCUAAGAAUCUGGCCUGUGGUUGGUGGCACACCCUACUGCUGGCCGAAACUUAAAUGUUGUAACGGGGAAGCGCACAGGGAAGGAGGGGCGGGCACAGUUUUGUUAGGAUAGCAACUUGCUUGUAUCAUUCUGCUGCUGCUCUAUGUAACAUUGCAUCUGAACUUUCGCCUUUGAGCUUUCUUUUCCUUACAUUUUGCAGAUUGGUGUAUCUGUGAAAUGAUAUUUUAGCGUUCAUUCAACUUGCCUGAAUUUUGUACAUAAAUAAAGAUCCAUGUCUUUUAACCCGUAACAAAA